GAGGCCAAAAUGGAGCCUCAAACCAAUCAAGAGCCCGCGACUGACGGGCUUGUCUCUCGCCAACCCCGACAGACCCUUUUCGUCCGGUCGCUUCCCGCAUCAGCCACGACCGACAGCUUAGCAGAGUAUUUCUCGCAAUCCUACGUGAUCAAGCAUGCCCUUGUCGUCCUCGACCCGCAGACUCAACAACCAAAGGGCUUCGGUUUCGUGACGUUUGCCGAUCUCGAAGAUGCGCAGCGUGCUUUGGAAGAAUUCAACGGAAGUGUCUUUGAGGGGAAGAAAAUUACGGUCGACUAUGCCGAGCGCCGUCACCGUGAAGUCGAUGAGAAUAUCGGAAAGAGCGUGCCGUCUGCCGCUGGGAUCGAAUUUAAGAAGAAGAGGGAGGAUGAGAGGGCUGCGCAGCAGCCGCCGAGGUUGAUUGUUCGGAAUUUGCCGUGGAGUAUUAAGGAGCCUGAGGACUUGAUUGUUCAUUUCCGGAGUUUCGGGAAGGUCAAGCAGGCUUAUUUGCCUAAGAGAGGGAAUGUGUUGGCCGGUUUUGGAUUCGUUGUGUUGAGAGGCAAGAAGAAUGCUGAAAAGGCGUUGGAGGCGGUUAAUGGUAAAGAGGUAGACGGGCGGACUUUGGCUGUUGACUGGGCUGUGGAGAAGAACGUUUGGGAGAACUUGCAGAAGCAGGAUGAGGAGAAAUCAGACGAGGAGGAGGAGAAGGAGAAGAAGAAGAAGAAGAAGCAAGAUGAUGAAGAGAAGUCGAGCGACGUGGACAUGGCGGAAGCGGAGGAGGCUGCAUCUGGAGAUGAAGACGCUUCCGAAGGCGACGAAGAUGAAGACAUGGAGGAAGAUGAGGAGGACGAUGAAGAAGACGAGCUUGAUGAAGAUAAUGAGGAUGAUAUUGACGAAGAAGAGGAGGACAAAGAGGACGAACGCAACGCAUCUACCAUCUUCAUUCGCAACCUACCCUUCACCUCCACAGACGAGUCGCUCUACGAACACUUUACACAAUUCGGCAACGUCCGAUACGCUCGAAUCGUCGUCGACCCCGAGACCGACCGUCCCCGCGGCACAGGCUUCGUCUGCUUCUGGCGCCCCGAGGAUGCCCUCACUUGUAUCCGCGAGGGUCCGAAGCCACAAGAAACCAUCGCAGCCGACAAGGACAAAUCGAAGAAAGCCUCCGCCAUCAAGCAUUCUGUCCUGCAGAACGAAACCUCCGAUCCGACUGGCCGCUACACCUUGGACGGACGAGUGCUACAGGUUGCCAUCGCAGUCAGCAGAAACCAAGCCACCAGGCUGGAGGAGGAAGGUGCUUCGCGGAGACUUGUUCGCGAUACUGACAAGCGGCGACUCUUCCUCCUUUCCGAAGGAACGAUCCCUGCCAACUCGCCCUUGUACAAGAAGCUUUCACCCUCUGAGGUUAAGAUGAGAGAAGACAGUUUCAAGCAGCGCCAGAGCUUCAUCAAGAAGAACCCGACGCUGCACUUGAGUUUGACGAGAUUGUCUAUCCGCAACAUCCCCAGACAAGUCACUUCCAAGGACCUGAAGCAACUCGCCAGACAAGCCGUCGUCGGUUUCGCAGAGGAAGUGAAGAAGAACCUCCGCCAGCCUUUGUCCCCAGAGGAACAACACCGGGCAUCGGACGAAAUGAAGGAAGCUGACAAGCUGCGCAAGCAGAAGGGCAAGGGUAUCGUGAAGCAGGCUACGAUUGUGUUUGAAGGACGCGACGGAACCAAGAUCGGUGAGAACACCGGUGCGGGAAGAAGCAGAGGCUACGGGUUUAUUGAAUACUUCACCCACCGACACGCACUGAUGGGACUUCGCUGGCUCAACGGCCAUCCCAUCGAUGCGCCUAGCAGCGAUGCGGAGGUCAAGGAUAAGAAGAAGCGGGUUAUUGUGGAGUUUGCGAUUGAGAACGCGCAGGUGGUCAAGCGUCGGACUGAACAAGAGGCCAAGUCUCGCAUCUACGCCCAGACAGCUGCUAAGAAGAGGAAGGAGGAAGAGGAGGAGAAAUCGCAAAAUCCCAACGGGAAGAAGCGAUCCGAGAGUCGCGGCAGUGACAAGCGCGAAGGAGGCGAGAACCCCGAGGAAGGGAACAAGAUCGCCAAACGCAACCGGGUCAUCGCGAAGAAGAGGAUGCAACGGAAGGGCCGGAAGGGCAAUUAA